AUGUUUGAAAUGGUUCUAGUUAUCGUCUCAAUCAAGUUUCAGAGCGUUACAGUUUUCCAAAAUGUGUUUUUCAAAUUUUUUUCUAUCAUUUUCGCACUAAGGGUAGUUUUUAACACACUCCGACGGCAGGUAAGGGGAUUUCCUUUGGAGAGAAUGUUUGAAAUGGUUCUAGUUAUCGUCUCAAUCAAGUUUCAGAGCGUUACAGUUUUCCGAAAUGUGUUUUUUCCAAUUUUUUUCUAUCAUUUUCGCACUAAGGGUAGUUUUUAACACACUCCGACGGCAGGUAAGGGGAUUUCCUUUGGAGGGAAUGUUUGAAAUGGUUCUAGUUAUCGUCUCAAUCAAGUUUCAGAGCGUUACAGUUUUCCGAAAUGUGUUUUUCCAAUUUUUUUCUAACAUUUUCGCACUAAGGGUAGUUUUUAACACACUCCGACGGCAGGUAAGGGGAUUUGCUUUGGAGGGCAUGUUUGAAAUGGUUCUAGUUAUCGUCUCAAUCAAGUUUCAGAGCGUUACAGUUUUCCGAAAUGUGUUUUUCCAAUUUUUUUCUAACAUUUUCGCACUAAGGGUAGUUUUUAACACACUCCGACGGCAGGUAAGGGGAUUUCCUUUGGAGAGAAUGUUUGAAAUGGUUCUAGUUAUCGUCUCAAUCAAGUUUCAGAGCGUUACAGUUUUCCGAAAUGUGUUUUUCCAAUUUUUUUCUAUCAUUUUCGCACUAAGGGUAGUUUUUAACACACUCCGACGGCAGGUAAGGGGAUUUCCUUUGGAGGGAAUGUUUGAAAUGGUUCUAGUUAUCGUCUCAAUCAAGUUUCAGAGCGUUACAGUUUUCCGAAAUGUGUUUUUCCAAUUUUUUUCUAACAUUUUCGCACCAAGGGUAGUUUUUAACACACUCCGACGGCAGGUAAGGGGAUUUGUUUUGGAGGGCAUGUUUGAAAUGGUUCUAGUUAUCGUCUCAAUCAAGUUUCAGAGCGUUACAGUUUUCCAAAAUGUGUUUUUCCAAUUUUUUUCUAUCAUUUUCGCACUAAGGGUAGUUUUUAACACACUCCGACGGCAGGUAAGGGGAUUUCCUUUGGAGGGAAUGUUUGAAAUGGUUCUAGUUAUCGUCUCAAUCAAGUUUCAGAGCGUUACAGUUUUCCGAAAUGUGUUUUUCCAAUUUUUUUCUAUCAUUUUCGCACUAAGGGUAGUUUUUAACACACUCCGACGGCAGGUACGGCGAUUUCCUUUGGAGGGAAUGUUUGAAAUGGUUCUAGUUAUCGUCUCAAUCAAGUUUCAGAGCGUUACAGUUUUCCGAAAUGUGUUUUUCCAAUUUUUUUCUAACAUUUUCGCACUAAGGGUAGUUUUUAACACACUCCGACGGCAGGUAAGGGGAUUUGCUUUGGAGGGCAUGUUUGAAAUGGUUCUAGUUAUCGUCUCAAUCAAGUUUCAGAGCGUUACAGUUUUCCAAAAUGUGUUUUUCCAAUUUUUUUCUAUCAUUUUCGCACUAAGGGUAGUUUUUAACACACUCCGACGGCAGGUAAGGGGAUUUCCUUUGGAGGGAAUGUUUGAAAUGGUUCUAGUUAUCGUCUCAAUCAAGUUUCAGAGCGUUACAGUUUUCCGAAAUGUGUUUUUGCAAUUUUUUUCUAUUAUUUUCGUACUUAGGGUAGUUUUUGACACACUCCGACGGCAGGUAAGGGGUUGUCCUUUGGUGGAAAUGUUAGAAAUGGUUCUGAUGAUCGUCCCACUGGGUUUGAUGGUGUUAUAUUUUUCCGAAAUGUGCUUUUCCAAUUAUUUUAAUAAUAAGGGUUGA